AUGGUUUUCGCCAAGGCCUCGCUGGCGUUGCUGGCCAUGGUUGGUGUGCCUCCUGUCUGUCGCACGGCGCCGCUACUCCGGCCACUGCGCCUUCAGGGAGGGGACUGCGCCGAGAGCUUCAAGGAGUUCAAGGCCAACAACAUCCGUGGCACCUUCCCUGUCCUGCUCCAGAUGGGCAAUGUCCUCGUGUUCGGCGGCCAUGUCCCCAUCGUCAAGGUGGGGCGAAUGGCUGGCCAGUUCGCCAAGCCGAGGUCUGGUAACUUUGAAAAGAAGGAUGGGGUUAAGCUGCCCAGUUACAGGAGAAAAAACGUCAAGGGCGACGUGUUUGAUCUGAAGGGCCGUGUCUGUCCCAGAUAG